GUCCUAGUCAUAGUCGAACUGGCUGCCUAAAUUGCCUUGUGUUCCCACCACUUCUAUCCCUUGUGUCUGCCCUGGAUGCUCUGAAUACUUGUUUAAACAAAAAGUUUGACGUUAAGUUUCCUGUUCCGGUGCUUCGAGAUCUCGUAAGACUCGGGAAGAAGAAGAAGCUGAGGCAGACGAAGUUGCGAAACUGCAAUGCGAGUUUGUAAACAUGACGUCCACCGAUCAAGGUAUACGGCACAAUGAACAGGGAUAUCCCCCCGCAGGAGCUCACACGCAAGAACAGCAGUUUAAACCGGUUUUCAACCAGGAAGAAUUGCGUGUGCUUAGAGAAUGUAACAUCGAGUCAUUUUACUACCGUUGUGUGCCUAUGGCUGCCGCACUCACAACAGCAGCUUACCUAGCCAUGAGGAAAGGUGUUUUGAAGAUUAGUGAACGAUAUGGCUACGCUCCUAAAAUGUUUGGAGCUGCUUUCCUUGGAUACUUCGCUGGGAAGUUCUCCUAUCAGAAUGCGUGUGCGGAAAAGCUCAUGAGACUUCCUGACAGCCCUGUGGGUGAGGCCUUACGAAAGCGAAAGGGAAGGAUGGGUUUCCAGGAAUCCUUGUCCAUGGAGCCUGGUUUUACAGUGGCGUUGCCAUCGAGUGACUCUGAACCUCCACAUCCCCGUCAACCGAUUUUUGAUGAUCUCAGGCCAGACUUCCAUAAUGAGGGUUUGGACGAUUAUGAGCGAGGUGUUACAGAGUCUUUGAAUCCUUACACUGAAAUCAACACCACUUCACCCCAGCACUAUACUUCCUAUGAAGAGUUACGUCGCCAGAACCGGGAGGAGUAUGUCAGUAGAAUGGCUGAGAAAUAUCGUAGACCUCUUUCAGAUGCACCUCCAGACAGCGGUCUGUCCAACAUACCCUCUGGUGAUUCUCUUCCUUCUCCACCGUCCCCGUCUUCAUCGAGGCCUUCUCCUCCCAGAGUAGUCAAGAAGAACCAGUAUGGGGAUGAAGUGUAUGAAUAAGGUAUAAAUAGAUAAAAUUAACUUUCAAAUUAUCCUGUAAAGAGAGUGGUUGCUAGGUUGUUAAAGUAAAUAAACUGCGAUGUUGUGAUGUUGAAUUCCUGGUAUUUUGGUAUUUUUUUCUGGUGACAAGAUUUUCUGCCUUAUUGCUUUUUUAAGGAAAUUGAAGUCCAUUCAUGGUAGAAGUGAGAUUAACAGGAAGCAUUUAUUGUAACUUUUUAAUUUUAUGACUUAGUGGCAUUUGGAGUACAGCCUUUUACCAUGAUCAGCUGUGAGUUGGUACUGAAAUAGCAAGUAAGCUACAAAAUAAUGUUAAUAACAUCGAAAAUGUAAAGCAGUACAAGAUUUUAAAAAAUAUUCAACAUAAUUGCUGAAGGUGUUAUUUUUAAAAACAGUAUCAAAAUGUUAUCUUUAAAUCAUGAGCAGAGUUGAAUAACUUUCAGCAACUUUUUAUUAUUAUUGCUCUAAAGAUAACAAGAUAUUUUGCAUAAAUAGCCAUCACUAUUGAAUCAUCCCUGGUAAGGGAAUAAAUUCAAUCAUAAGAAGAUUCAAGAUGUGUUUUUUGAGGUAUUUUAUGUGCACUGAAGUUUAUUGUAUGAAAGGGGGCAUGAGUGAAUGCUCUCUUAUAGUAUAAGUUGUCGUACAAUAUUUAUGAAAGUGUACUGAAACACUAAACUUGGUUAUGAGAAUGUUGUAAAGAAAGUGUUGCAACAGUUUUUGAUAUUUUGCUCAUAUGAUUACAAAUUUCCUGGUUUUUGCUGAUUCCAUUAUUCCUGGUCAAAAGUAAGGCGAACCUCUUGCCUUGCGUCAUCAGUCAAUACACUUGCUUAAAUCUUGGUCUGGGUUUUGGCGGAUAUAUGAAAUUAUGGUCUUUUUUGCCUUCACUCAUUAUGGCUAUUGCUCAGAAUUAUUAAAAAAUUUAUGUGGUGGUGGAUAUCAGCUCAUUCUUCAACAAGAACAGUUUGUAUGAAGUUUAAUUCUUGUUAAGAGCUUGUCACUUGAGUUUGGUGAUUCUGCUUUGCAGUUAAAAUAAUGGUAACAGAACAAUGCUACUCAUUUUGAUUAAAUAAAUAUCUUUUGUUUAUUAAAUGUGUGUUUUUGGUGCAGGGUAUUCUUGCAUGUGAUUCCUUCUUUUGUGAAUUACUUCCACAGUCAUAUGUUCAGAAAUGUCAAGCAGUCAUACACUCUUGAUGCCUUGUUGUGAAUUUUUAUGGGUUUGCUGUGUUUAUUUGCUGUGGUAUUCGGAGGAAUUACAAACCUGCUCAUAAUAAAACUUCAGCACUCAUGUUGCCAGUUAAAUUACCAUAUUAGUGAUUAAAAAAAGGGAAAAUUAUCAGUUUCUCAUUCAUAAUGAGGAUAUAUGUAUAUCAGGUGCUUUACAUGGACCUCCAUUUUCUGCCAGCUGGUUUAUUUUUUAUUACCUUAUUUUCUUAAAGGUAAAUACAGAACAGUACCAUAUUUUCUAUGGUCAUCUUGGUCAAUAGAUACAUGCUGUGCUAAGGAAUUGUGAUAUGCUGCUGAUCAGUUUCAGUGAAUGUGUAACUACUUGUAGUUUCAAACAAAUGACUUUUUGUCAGUCACUGUUGAGAAUGUCAAUUUUUUGUGCUUUUUCCAUUGUCCUAUAUUAUAUGUAUGUGCAAUUAAGUUGAGUUAAGUUUGUUGCAAAGAACAAUUUUUCUUGCCAUGGUUACCAUUGGUGUCUUUCCUGUACUUGAUGUUACCAUGGGAAUAGAUUUGCAAGUACUAUGAAAGUUUGUAUUAUCUUUAUACCUUUUCCUCUUAGCACCCUGCGUUGAGGCUAAUUCACUGGCUGGGUUCUGCUUAUUUGCCUGGGAUGUUAAUAUACUGUAUCAGGUCGUGUGAACACUCACAAAGUAUUCUUUUCACAGGAGUAAAAAAGUUUUUCGGAGAGGAACAUGUAGUCCUUUACCUCCCUCACUAGUAAAAAUUGGAAGGAUUGUAUGAAGUUUAUAUGAAUGUGCAUGAAAAGCUUCAAAAUAUUUGUCUCAAUCAUGAAAACUUAAUCAUUUUUAGUCCAUGUGUCCUUCCUUCUGUCCCCUCUGAUUGAUACAUAUAUAUCAUGGUUAUAGAGGGAAGCUAAGUACUAUUAUACAGCAAGUGAUACUGGGACUCGCCCUACCAGGAAUAUACAUAUUCUUAUGUUGUGGUACUGCUUCCUUUAAUGUCAGUUGGACUUUCAGGUGACUACAUUUUACUGUGCUUAGUGGCAGUACGUUAUAUAUGUUAGUUUUAUCAGAUCACUGAGGUGAUUAACAGCUCUCUUAGGGGUGACCCGGAGGAUUAGAUAUUUUUACGUGGCUAGGAACCAAUUGGUUACCUAGUAACGGGACCUACAGCUUAUUGUGAGAUACAAACCACAUUAUAUUGAGAAAUGAAUUUCUAUCACCAGAAAUAAAUUCCUCUGAUUCCGCGUUGGCUGAGCCGAGAAUUGAACUUCGGACCACUGGACUGGUAGCUGAGUGCGAAAACCACUCGUCUAACGAGGAACAUAGCGGCAGUAAGAGAUCUACGUAUUUCAUUACUUUUUUUUUUUAAUAAAAUAUUUUUUUAUUAUGACACUAUACUUUUCCACACUGUUUCAUGACAUUCUCAUUUUAAAGGGCCGUAUUUUAGUGCUUUAUUUUUUGCAGAAUCACUGAAUUUACAAUGAAACAGCUUAUGUCAUUGCCUCAAAAAAGCUAACACAUCAGCUUCAAAAUAAAAAUUGCUGAUAUCAUGACUGUAAUCAAAGAUAAAUGACUAGAAUUCAGGCUUAUGCUUAAUAAAGUACUUGGAUGUGUAGUGUUGUCAUAAAUUCAGUUUGUUCUUACACUAAUAGGACAAUUUUUAAUUUACUGUAUUUGGCAUGCAAUCUCCAGUGGCAGAGUAAGUGGACCAACCAAAAUUGACAUGACUGCUACCAUAGAAGUACAAUUGUAGUGGCUAUAUGGGGAAGAAGAGCGCCUCAGUGGCAUGGUUGGUAUGGUGUUGGCGUCCCACUUCGGUGGUCGCUGGUUCGAUUCUCGGCCAUUCCAUUGAGGAGUGAGAGAUGUGUAUUUCUGGUGAUAGAAGCUCACUCUCGACGUGGUUCGGAAGUCGCAUAAAGCCAUUGGUCCCGUUGCUGAAUAACCACUGGUUCCAUGCAACGUAAAAGCACCAUACAAACAAUAUAUGGGGAAGGUCAAUAUACCUUUGUAGCAUGAAUGCCUAUCUUACUCAUCCAGCAUUUAUAUUUUUUGUUAUUGAUUGUGGUCAAAAGGAUUUUGGCAGUUGCAGACCUUUUUUGUUGCAAUUUUAAUGUUAUUGAGUGUUACUAAGAAGGUGUAGCUUGAGAGAAGCAUUGUAGGAAGACUGUAAAUUAUUUUAGAGGAAAAUGGGUAUAUUUAACUCAAAAAGACACAUUGCAGCGUAUGGCUUAGGCUUCCUUGUGGUGUCAUCGUCUUAAUUCAUAUGGUGUAAGUACAUGUGAAUGUAUGUAUGGCAUUUCUUCUUAUUUUAGGUCAUUCAAAAAUACAUAUUUGAGUGCAUAUUGAUUAUGCCCUGGAGAAACCCAGUAUGCACUAGCCUUUGCUUAUUUUUUCAGUUUAAUCCUUGGUAGUUAGCACUAUUCAUUUAGUACUGGCAUUUUGUUCAAGGAUAUCCAAGAUCUUUAGCAGAGUAAAUCUUUCCUAGAAGUAGAUUUGUUGUCUGGAAAAUGAGCAAGAAAAGCAGUGUCACAUUCUACCAAUACUCUGAAGUUCCCAAGGUCUUAGCUGCACAGCUUUUAAUCAAAGUGAUCUCUUGUAUGGUCACAAAUGGCAGAAUUACUUACUGGAUAUUAGCAAGCCUUUGCCUCAUGUGCUCUUGUGGUCACUUUUUAAUCCAGUAGCCUCCAGCAACGCUCACUUGGUACUUCCAUCACAUAUGGGUGGUUUUAGUGUGCAUAUUUUAAGAUUAAGCACAUGUGAAGGCAUGAAUGUUAAACCACAUUUUAGAUAUUUAUCUGUUUUAUUCAGGGAGAUUGUGUACAUAUGUAUUUUCACCCGAAAGACUUGAUGCUGUCUUGUACUGUAGGGCAUUAAAGUUUUGUAAAUAAAGUUGUAGAUAC